AUGUCCAGUAAUAAAUAUGCUAUUGCUAAGCACACAAAAAUUGCUGAUAAAAUUUAUGUUGACCAUGUUGUUAAAAAGGAUGAAAUAGAUAAAAUUCUUGAUGACAUGUUUGAUUUUGAUGAGGUUGAUUUUGAUAUUAACUCAUCUACUUCUUCUGAGGCUAUUGAAGAAAAACAGCAGCUUUCAUGUUCUUUUACGCAGUUGUCUUUAUAG